CCACAGAUGCAAGGAGAUGCCGGUCCACCCUUAAGUGCCUGGUGCGCACGCAGCAUGUCAGCACAGCGUCUCUUGAGGUUGCGACCGCUAUGAACGCCGUCAGAGACGGUGGGCCUCCUGGCUGGGCUCUGGUGGGCGAGCUCCAGUCAGCACCAGGAUUGGACCGUCUAAGCCAUUGUCGUCUAGCGUCGACGACCUUUACGUACAUCGGAUACCGACUGCGCAAAGCCGGACGCCUUCAGCACUAUAAAUUGCAAGGGAUCCUGCGUGCAUGGGAUGUGUACUGUUACCGAACCAAGACUGACGUGACAUGCGGGGCUUUGCUGGGCCUGUAUCGUAUCCUGGCAUCGCCUAUACCUCAUGGCGUUCCAAUCUGUUAUCAGGCGUCAUUACAGGAGAACAUUUCAAUGUACGAUGAUCGACCGAUUGAAGAGAAAUUGUCCCCUCACCACAUGCCGGAGUACGUGUUGAGGCUUUGCAUGGAAAGCCGCAAGGAAGGUGCUGCUGUAUGCGGAUACACGUACGUGAACGGGCACUUCCAACUGUGGACGGACACUCUCUUUGCGGAGAAGUACUACACUGCGACCGAGGCGAACGCACGUUUCACGCAGUUUGCAGUCCUGCCUUGUUAUCUGUACGGGUGUUUAUUCCAUCCUCGAGAUCGCCCCUGUUUUUACGAGCUCCUGGUCGAGUACUUGUUGACAAAGGGGGACGAGAGGCGUCGUCUAGCCAUGGUGGCGGAGGUGCUAAGGAACGACGGGACCAGCGAGGCUUGCUUGGUACAGGCACGACACACGGUGAUGAAUGACGGUCAGUACCUGGCCUUCGCCAUGAGCUUUCUUCCCUUGGCCAACGCCAGCGCGAGCUCGUACACGGUUCAUCAUCUCCGCAAGUGCAGUGCCUGGCAUGCAGAGCGGCUGGACCUUCCUGACCUGGAGAAUGAGGGGGAGAAAAGGCCGAAGGGGCAGCUCAGGGAGGCUGUCAGUCACAUGUAA